AUGGACGACGGCCAUGAUCUGCACGUCCCACUCCAUCAGCGUCGGGAUCAAUACGCAGAUGCCCUAGGUGAAGUGGUGCCCACCUCGGCCUCGCCGGAGAGAAGCCAGAGGAGCCUACCACACCCGGCCCGUAAUCAAGUGCCUUCGAGCGCUGGCUACUGUGGCUCCCGUGUCGGCGACUAUGCGCCGGUUUCUUUGCCGCCGUACAUCAAGCGUCUUCCAGCGCACAUCGGGCAGAGAGACAUGGAGUAUCUCGCCGAGAAGGAUGCCAUGACCAUUCCAGACGACGACUUUCGCGACGAGUUGCUCCGGACCUAUGUAAAGAUCAUCCACUGCUUCAUGCCAGCAAUCGACCUGGACGAGUUCCUUGAUCCCAUCAUUAAUGGAGAUGAGAAACGCCCGGUCAGCCUGCUCUUGUUCCAAGCAGUCAUGUUUGCCAGUGUCAUCUUCGUGGAUGGCGAUCUCCUGCGAUCGCGGGGGUACACGAGCAGGAAGAGAGCGAGAAAGGUCUUCUUCAAUCGCGUCCGCCUGCUCUACGGAUUAGACUGCGAGCCAGACCGCGUAGCUCUCAUCCAGUCUGUGCUUCUCAUGACGUACUGGUACGACUCACCACACGACGAGAAGGACACUUGGUACUGGAUGGGCAUUGCCCUCUCGCUCUCCCAGAUAAUGGGCCUCCACAGGGACCCAGAGACCUUGAAAAUAAGCCUGCGAGCAAAACGAUUGAGGCGCAGGAUCUGGUGGGCUUGCUUCAUCCGAGAUCGUCUGCUGGCUCUGGGCAUCCGGCGUCCCGCCAGGAUACGGCAGGAGGAUUUCAACGUGUCCAUGCUCGAGCUCGACGAUUUUGAUCUUUGCCAGCCGACCAAGGAGCACGUUGCAUUUGUCAGGGAAUGCGGCUUCACCACCGUGGAAGAAGACGGGCGCAGACAGAUGUGUCAGAUCUGCAUCGACCUGGCAAAACUUUGCGUGUGCAUCGGAAACAUUCUCCAUUCGCAGUACUCGGUCGUCAGCACCCAGCCUUUGAAUUGGGAAUACUACAAGAACAUUGCUGUUCUGCCCAGGUACUCGGACAAGCAGAUGUCGGAGCUGUCGAAAUGUGACAGCGAGCUCGAAGACUGGUGUUAUAACCGGAAGGCGACGUCCAGAUAUUCUCCGCCGUCGCCGCCAGCGUCCACGUCCGGAUCCCUCGAGAAUACCAACGACUGGGCUGACAACAUCACCUGGCUCCAUCAGGCUCUGCUACGAAUGAUCUAUCUGACCGCCCUCGGAGCCCUCCAUCGACCACGUGCAUUGAUGAGUUCCUCCUCACGACCCGAGUCACCCGACACGAACAACGCCAAGAAGACGUCGCUCCGGAAGGUCAAGGAAGCUGCCGUGGCCAUGACGAAGCUCGCCUUCGACCUGCAGUGCGAGAACCAACUGCGCUAUCUCUCGACGAGCAGCGUCCCCGCGUUCCUCUCCGCGACGCUGAUCCACCUGCUCGACAUUCGCGAUCCCGACGAAGAGCUUCGCAAUCUCAGCAUCGGCCGGUUUUACCAGUGUUUCCACGCCCUGUACGAGCUUCAGGACAUGUACGCGUCUGCCGACUACGCCAUCCGCUUUCUGGAGACGGUGCUCGUGAGGAUGGGCACACACAUUCCCAUGUUGCCCAUCCUGAGAAUGUGUACGAACACCAUGACCACUCAUAGUAGAGACAGCCACCAUAUACCGUUCCUAGGCGCCGCAAACCCUGUGCUCAACGAUCCGAUACUUGAGGACUACCAUGCAUCCGCCAUUAGUGGGCGUCUCAAUACUCCGUCUACGACUGGCAAUGGCCAAUUCGCCAUGGCGGCACCGCCGGCGGUAGCACAGCCUUCGAACGCCGGGCAAUCCAUGACGAAUAGCGACAGCUACCUCAAUCUCGUGCAGCAGCUCAGCCCCGAGCUGACCAUGCUGGAUGGAACCAGCCCAAGACCUCGCAACAUGCUACUAUUUGGUGGUGGUGGUCCCCGCGCCACACCAGGACUCGAUUCCAAUGCGCAGCUUGGGCCCGGAACCAUGGGAAAUCCUUCGGCAGCAGCAGGUGAUCACCCUACUAUGAUGGACACCCCAUCCCAGAUGGAUAUCUGGACCGAGUUCGACGGCCUGCUUCCCGCGCUCAUCAACUUUGAUGCGACGGAUCAGAAUUUGAUGAUGCAGAGUCACGAAACGAGAAUGCCGGCUACGACGGCGUCGUCAACCUCAUGGCAGCCAUUCUUGUAA